AUGAAUGGUCGGAUGGCUGGAUGGACAGAAGGAUGGCUGGAAGGACAGACGGACGGAAGGAUGGAUGGUCGGAUGGUCGGACGUCUGGAAGGACAGACGGACGGACGAGUGCCGGCCCGCUGGCCGGGGGCACGCAGAGGCCGGCCGGCGGCGGCGGCAGCGGGGCCGCGCUCGGCACCUUCUCACCGAGUCUCUCUCUCUUCUUUUUUGUUUUCUUUCUUUUUUCUCUUUUUUUUUUGUGUGCUUUUCCUUCCUUCCUGCAAUUUCUUUUUCUCCACGCUAAAAUCACCCGGCCCCAUCCCUCGAUGCGGCGAGCUGGUGCUGCCGGCGUCCCCGGCGGGCGCCGUGGCGUCCCCCCCGUCCCCUCCGCCGCCGCCCCCCCGGCGCUCCGCGGGCCCCCCCGCGUCCUCAUCUUCCUCCUCCUCAUCCUCCUCGGUCGGGGGGGGCGGCUGCGGCCCCGACUGCGAGGAGCCGUCGGGCUUCGCCUCGGGCGAGGCGGCCGACGCCAACGCGCCGCCGGCCGACGACGAGGACUUCGGUGGCCACCACGGGGCCAAGGCCACCGCCGGGGUCACCGCCGGGGUCACCGCCGGGGUCACGGUCACCGCGGCCGGGCCCUUGCCGGGCUUGGUCCCGGCGGGCGAGCGGCACCCGCGGGAAGGCGGCGGCGGCGGCGGCGGCGUGGUGGCGGUGGCGGGGAGGGCGCGGGUGACGGUGGCCCCCGUCACCCGCGGUCCCGGUGUCCCCACAGCGGCCGCGCCGGGGGCCGUGGAGGUGGUGGUGCGCGAGGCCGGCGGCACCACGGGCAUGGUGGUGGGCAUCGUGGCGGCCGCGGCGCUCUGCAUCCUCAUCCUCCUCUACGCCAUGUACAAGUACCGCAACCGGGACGAAGGCUCCUACCAGGUGGACCAGAGCCGCCGUUACAUCGGGGCGGCCCCCCCCCAGGGAGGGGGAGCCCCCGCCGGAGGAGACCCCCUGGCGGGCGGGGGGGGGGGGGCAAGGAGAAGGCGGCCGCCGGGCC